GUGAAAUAUGUGAUACGCCAUUUUGCAAGUUGAUUAAAUUUCAAGACUACCAUGGUAUUUUUCUAGUAUCGAAAUGGUAUCGACCUGUCGACUUUUUAUUUCGUUAGUUGUUUUUUGUGUUGUAACUGCUGCAGAGUCUACAGGUAAACCACUGAGAUGUCAUUCCUGUUUUGCAUCGAUGAGCACAGACGCGUGCGCAGCAGGCGGAAACACCAGAUCAUCUGGAAUAUGUGACUCGCCUGAAGAUAUUUGUAUUUCGUUAUCUUGGAGGGAGGAGCAUCUCAUCACAUCCAACAUCCUUUUUUUAAGAGGCUGCGGACCAAAAUGGGUUUGUGAGGAAUCUUAUGCAGAAGAAAAACGUCCUCUUCUCAGUUGUUCCGUUUGCUCCCAUGAUCUCUGCAAUGUAGAGCCCCUUUUCCCUUGAUGAUUUUUUUUCAAAUUGUACUUAUUAUCAUUGAUGUCAAGAUUUUGUUAAUGUUUUCGUUGAAAAAUUACUGUCGAAUAAAGUGUCACAAGUG